GAAGUUGUGCACAGGACUGGAGUCUCAUGGCUUCUUCUCCAUCCUCAGAUUUGCGUGCUCAGUGCUUGGAUUGGCUGUGAGUGAAAUCCCGAGAAAGACUCCUGGCGACUGAGUUGUUGACAAUGGAGCCUCUGGAAUCAGUGACGUUUGAAGAUGUAGCGAUCAACUUCACCCAGGAAGAGUGGGCCCUGCUGGACACAUCCCAGAAAACCCUGUUCAGAAACGUGAUGCUGGAUAAUAUCACCCACCUGGUCUCCGUAGGGUAUCAGAUCAGCAAACCAGAUGUGAUUUCCCAGCUCGAACAAGGAAAAGAGCUGUGGAGUGAAGCAACAGGAUGCCUCCAAGGCCAGAGUCCAGGCAGUGAAAGUCCGCUUAUACAACAAGAAAUGAUAUUCAUGCAACAAGUGUACAGGAAGCACAUAUCUCACACCAUGCCAAUGGUUUCUCACACACAAGGGGAUCCUGUUGGAUGGACUGAUUUGAGUGAUGAAUUUACUCCUAGAUCUUCACCUCAACUUUCACCAGUUCCCUUAGGAAGGAAAAGUAAUGUCAGCAAACAGCAUGGAAAAUCACUUAGUCAAGGGUCAUUCCUUGACAAACAGGAUCACAUUCACACUAGAGCUAAAUUGUAUGAAUGUCCUCUAUGUGGGAAAGUCUUUAGUAGAUGCUCUACACUCAUAAGACACAAGAUGAUUCACACUGGAGAGAAACCAUUCAAAUGCAAUCUGUGUGGGAAAGUCUUCAAUCAAAGUUCCUCCUUGAAACAACAUGAGAAAAUUCACACAGGAGAGAAGUGCUAUGAAUGUCAUCAGUGUGGUAAAGCCUUUCUUCAAAGCUCUGGCCUUAGUUCGCACAAGAAAAUCCACAGUGGAGAGAAACCACACGUAUGUCUUGAGUGUGGGAAGGCCUUCAGUCACAGUUCAGGGCUUAGUUCGCACAAGAGAAUCCACACUGGAGAGAAACCACAUGUAUGCCUCCUGUGUGGGAAGGCCUUCAGUGAACAUGCUAAACUGAGAGAACAUGAGAGAACCCACACUGGAGAGAGGCCCUAUGAAUGUCAGUGGUGUGGGAAAUGCUUCAGUCGUGGCUCUUCCUUGAGACGACAUGAGGGAACCCAGCACUGGAGAGAAAGUCAGGAGGGCCCUCACUAG